GGCUUAUGCCUAAAUGAUUUCUUAUUUACAGGUCCCGAUUUGCUGUCAUCACUAUUUGGUAUUAUGUUACGCUUUAGGGAAAACAAGAUUGGAGUAACUGGUGACAUCAAAGAUAUGUUUUUAAGGAUCAAGAUCCGAGUCGAAGAUCAACACGCUUUACGAUUCCUAUGGAGAGACAAUCCUACUGACGAACUAAAAACUUAUGUAAUGACAUCACUUCCGUUUGGGGCUAAUUGCAGUCCAUUUGUUAGUCAGUUUGUCAAAAACUUGAACGCGCGACGGUUCGAGUCGACUAUGCCGGAAGCUGUCGAUGCGAUUUGUAAUUCGCAUUAUGUAGAUGACUACAUAGACAGUUUUGCUGACGAAGCCUCGGCCAUCAAAAUGGUAAGAAACAUAAGUUUUAUUCACAGUGCCGGCGGUUUCGAGAUAAGAAACUGGACUAGCAACAGUGUCUCAGUUUUAAAUAGUCUGCCAAAUCAAACCUUAGGUACAGCGGCCGUAAGGUUUAAAGUCGAACAGCAGCAAGAAGGUGAGCGUACUCUCGGGCUAAUAUGGUAUCCAGCCGAUGAUAAGUUGACAUUCGACUUAUCAUUAAAACGGAUUCCCGAAAGUAUUGUCAACGGUGAUGAGCGUCCUACAAAGCGUCUUAUGCUUAAGGUAAUAAUGUCGAUUUUCGAUGUCCUAGGAUUCUUAUCUCCUUUCACCAUUCAGGGUCGUAUUAUGCUGCAGGACACCUGGCGGUUAAAUGUAGACUGGAAUGAUUACAUUCCAGACGUUAUUUACAACAAGUGGCGAAAAUGGAUUGACCUACUUAAGGUAAUUAGCGAUAUACGUAUACCACGGUGCUAUCAAUCAGCUGUUCGCAGUCAUAAUUCAUCUGUGCGAGUAAGCGAGACGGCAGAUCACCUGAUCGAAGCAUCCAAUGGUACUCCGAGCGCGACGUUGCCGCAAUCGACGUUCGCGUCUGGCAACGGUGCGCCUACGUCAUGCGCUACGAAGCUCUACGCAUCCGUAGCGAAAACUAGAAGCGCUACGCGCACGGCAGAGACACCACGUCGCCUGAAUGUGUUGCUGUCGUACAAGAGGGUUCAAUUGGACUGGCUGUACCGGACCCAUUGCGGUUUUCUUCUUGGUUACGCUUGA